AUGAACAAGACAGUUGUUAUGAGAGUUCGUAGAACCUUUCAGGAGUCUUACAAGGAAAUCGAGAUUCAAGACCAGAAAAAAAUAUCUUUCCAGAAUGCUAAUUAUCUUGGCAAACCAAAUUACGAUGAUGGAACCGAAUGUUGGAAUACAAUCAAGAACAAUAACGAAAAAUAUUCUGAACAAAAGCAACAAAUUAAUAACAAUGUCAAGGAUGAGAAUCAUUUCGAUAUUACAAUGGUGCAAUUUGAGUUUUGCCCAAACCAGGAGAGAAUCCGAUCAAUGCAACUAUCCUUGGGGCAACUGUGCCGAAUCCGUGCUUUGGCUGGCAAUGCGUGGACGAAGGAGAAGCCAAAGACGCCGUGUCGUUCUUAUGGUCCCGAACGUUCUACUAUCGAAGCAAGAGUUCCGGAAACAAUGUUGAAUGUGCCGAACUCAAGAUCGCAAAAUUCCAAUUCCGAAAAAUCCGCUUAUUUUAAGUACGAUGGAACUGUUACAGAAUUUGAGAACGCUUUGGAUGAUUUACCUAAUGAACUAGCCUUUGACAAACCUGCCACAAAAACGAUUGAUAUUCACCCUGCUGCAAAGAAGAAAAGGAAUUCGAAAAAAAACAUUGAUCCGGUUUUUUUAUUGUGUUUUGAUCAAGUAUGA